AUGACGACCAUUACAAAUAUCAUGAAUACCACCACCGCCACAACGACGACAAGUAUCAUUAUGGAUGAUUCAACUUCAAUUGAAGCAAUUUUUCGAAAAUUAAAAGAUACUCGAUAUUCAUAUUCCGAUAAAAUUAAUUUUGCCACAAAUGUUUGGAAUAAUACAGAAAUAUCUUUUUUAAAUAAAGAAGGAUUUAUUUCUGAAUGGGUUGGUUCAACCAUGAUUAAUUCUACUAAAUUUCCUGAAGCGAGAUUUGGAGAAACUCCUUACUUAAAUUUAAAAUAUUGGGAAUUUUUAAAAGAGAUAAUAGAAAAAGUUCAUAUUCAAGUAGCCAAUUGGUGUUUUCAUAAACUUUUGGUUGAAAGGAAAGAUGAAUUUAAACCUUCAAUUGAACAAAUAAUCACAUUAACUUUAUGUGGAUGUAAUUUCAUAAUCAAUGAUCAUAUUUCUGAAUAUGCUUGUACGGUGAAAUCAUCAUCAUCAAAUUCAUCAAAUUCAACUUAUUUCGAAGGAAAAUUCUCUAAAAAUUAUCAUGAUCAAUUAUUUGAUAAACUUAAUGAAAUCGCAUUUUCUCAAAAUCAUAACCAUCAUCAAAACUUACUUAUGGUAUUAGAAUAUAAUGUUUAUCAAAUAACAAAUGAUGAAAUUGCUACUCAACAAAUUGAAUUUUUUAAAGAAAUAGUUGAUUUUUUGAAUUCAAAGAUGUCACAAGUUAUGAUGGCGGAAAAGCGAGCUAUUAUUUUACGAUCAUUUGAAAUAUUACUACAAAUCGAACAUAGCGUGAUCAAGCCUCAUCUAGUUUCUUUGUUGGAUUUCAUGUCUAAGGCAAAAAAAUUAUUAGACACAUUUUCUAAAUCUCACGAAAUGGAUUAUCUUAUCAAUAAUUUAAUAUUAUUUAUCGUCAAUUCAAAUUAUGAUGCCGAAAGUAUUUUAAGAUCAUCUCUUUUUUCUGAUGAAUUUUUAGAAGAGUAA